AAAGAAUUUGUGUGUAAGUAGUUGGAAAAAACUCCAAGUUUGCAAUGCAUAAAAUAUUCUUUUGAAGUCACUGCACUGGUAAAUGAACGGUUAACUAGCAGUCAUCAGAUCUGCUCUGUCAUUGGUCAGACACCUCAGGGUUUCUGUGACCUCCAACCCCAAACCAAGGCUGGUCCGCUGAGCAGUUAUAUGAGCUCUGGGAGCGUGAGUCUGUAGGUUAAUGAAGAGCAUCAUGUGUUCAGUGAGUGUGUACUGCUGCAUUGUUCUGCUGCUGCUGCUGCUGCUGCUGGCCAGAUGCAUGCUGGGACGGCGCUCGGUGCCAUGUCUGCCGAGGGUGCCGGUGUUGGGCAGUCUACUGCACCUGCGCUCGUCUCUGCCUCCUCACCUGCUCCUCACACAGCUGUCACACAGGUACGGCCCUCUGUUUGGCCUGUACUCCGGACCACACUUCACACUGGUGGUCAGCGAGAUCAGUCUGGUCAGAGAAGUGCUGCUUCAGCGCGGCCGAGAGUUCGCCGGACGGCCCAAGAUGGUGACCACAGAUGUGUUGACUCAGGGUGGGAAGGAUAUUGCGUUUGCAGACUACAGUCCGUUGUGGAAGAACCAUCGGCGUCUGGUGCACAACUCCUUCACUUUGUUUGGAGAGGGAUCUAGCAAACUACAGACCAUCGUUCAGGAGGCUGCAGAAGAUCUGUGCGAGGAGCUCCAGUCCUGCAGAGGUCAGAGUUCAGAUCUCAACCCGGUUCUGAUGCGUGCCGUCACUAACGUCAUCUGCAGGCUGGUGUUCAACUCCUCGUACCAGCGCAACGACCCCGAGCUCCUGACCGUCAUGGAUUACAACGACGGCAUCGUCCAGACCAUCGCCAGAGGAGGGCUCAUCGACAUCUUUCCCUGGCUGAGAAUUUUCCCCAACAAGGACCUAAAGAAGCUGAAGCAGUGUGUUUCAGUGAGAGACCAACUCCUGCACAGAAAACUGCUGGAGCACAAGAUGACCCUCACACCCGGAGAGCCUCGAGACCUGCUGGACGCUCUUCUGAUUGGUCAGAUGACGGGGUCAGGUGGGGAGGAUGACAUCACGGAGGAUCAUGUGCUGAUGACGGCGGCCGAGGCGUUUGGAGCCGGUGUGGAGACGACCUCCACCACACUGCUGUGGACCAUAGCCUUCCUCCUGCACCACCCACAGGUGCAGGAGCGUGUUCACUCUGAGCUGGAUGAGUGUGUGGGUCAGGCUCGUGCUCCGUCUCUGAGUGAUCGCUCUCGUCUGCCGCUCCUGGACGCUGUUCUCUGUGAGGUGAUGCGGAUUCGUCCCGUCAGCCCCAUCCUCAUCCCACACGUUGCUAUGCAGGACACCAGUUUGGGGGGUCACUCUGUUCCUAAAGGAACCCGUGUGCUGGUGAACAUGUGGGCGAUUCACCACGACCCCAAACACUGGGACGAGCCUGAGCAGUUCAGACCCAAGCGGUUCCUGGACUCGUCGGGGAGGAGAGCGACCCCCAGCAGCUUCCUGCCGUUCGGAGCCGGUCCGCGGGUGUGUGUGGGAGAAUCUCUGGCCAGAAUCGAGCUCUUUCUGUUCGCCAGCCGCCUCCUGCAGCGCUUCCACUUCAGCGUCCCACCGGGGGCUUCACUGCCCGAGCUGCAGGGACGACUGGGAGUAGUGCUCCAGCCCCAGAGCUACAGAGUCACAGUCAGCCCCCGACACUGACACACACACACACACUGACACACACACACACAGAGACACACACACUGACACACACACACACACACACACACACAAACACACACACACACACCCACACACACAGACACACUGACACACACACACACACACACACACAGACACACUGACACAUACACUGACACACACACACACUUUUCUCCCUGUUCUUGUAUGUUUUCUCAGACUUUACUUCAGCAGAUCAGCCCAGGGCUCAUUCAACACAUUUCUGGCAGAAAAACUGCGCUAUAAUCUCUUCUGGACUGGAAUAAUAUCACAGAAGAGAAGACUCUUCACAUCCUGCAGACGGAAACACGGCUGUCUACUUCAAACCAGAGAGAAAACACCAUGUCUCAACUUUACAAUUUCUGUAUUGCAUUAAUUUUCAAUAUUUCUCUUGGGGAUUUCAUCAUUUUUGACUUUUCCGUCUGAGUUUAAACUCUUUUUUAUUUAUUUUUUGGCUGAUUUCAUCAGUAAAUGAAAGCAUGCCUAAUAAUCCUGCACACCUGAGUUUUCCUCUCCCAGCCUUCAUGGACAAAUAUAUAUAUCAAUUAUAAACGAUUAAAUACUAAAUUAUUAACAGUUAUUAAGAUUGUUGUGGUUUGGAAUUGGUCAAAUG